GCCGCCCUCGCCCGCGGCCGCAGGAUGAGCCCGUCGCGCUGCGCAGCGACGGACCGGCGGCUGGGCAAAGGCUUGGCUUUCCGCCUCUGCCUCUUGCUCUCGGCCACCCUCCUGCUGUGUCUCCGGCUGGGGCUCCGGCGCUCUGGGGACGUGGCGGACGCCAAGCCCGUGGCGACGGGGCGCGAGUCCGGAGUCGCGCCUGCCGGCCGCAGAGGCGACGGGGCGUACGAGGCGACCAGCAGCGGCAGGAGAAGGCAAGUCACCUACGUGAGGAGUAGCCGCCGAAGGAGUCCCGCAGAGCCCUCGUGCUGCCACCAGGGGGCGCCCCUUCGCAGGAAGGCUAUGCGUUGGCACAUAGACCUACAGCCCUGGGCAAGUCCUACACCUUCCUUGAGUACUGAAGCCUUCCGGCUCCUAAAGUAUAUCAGCACUGCCCAGAUUUCAUGCAGCCAUACAAAUUUGAAAGACCUACCAGGAAAUCCUGACAGCCAAAAGAGGCCAUGGUCAAUUUGCUUGGAUGACAGGUUUAAUUUAGUUCAUCAGCUCAAAAGCAAGCAGUGUCGCCUAUAUUCGUUGGGGUUGGGCGGUGAUCAGAACGAGUUUGAGAUCAGCAUGGCCAAUAGUGGAUGUGAGGUGCACCGCUUUGACCCUAGCAUCAAGAUGGCACAUGUUCAGGAAGGGCAACGCUUCUGGUACCAUCGCCUCUCCAUAGACUGGCGUGAUCCUAACCCAAUGAUUGCUGCUCAUAAACUUCACACCAACACGAAGAAGCUUGGCACUGUACUGAAUGACUUUGGGCACCACAAGAUAGAUAUCCUCAAAGCAGAUAUGGAAAGUGCAGAGUGGAAAAUUUUGGAAAACCUCAUCUUGGAGGAUGUUGUGGAACAAAUAGGGCAACUGGUGUUUGAAAUCCACGUCCAUUGGCCUGGGUUUGAGGUAAGUGGCAAUGACAGCACUGUGGUUCGGUACUGGUACAGUCUUCUCAAAGAAUUAGAACUGAAGGACUUCAGGCUUUUUCACACAUACAAAGACUUAUCGAAACCACAGAUGUUUCUGAAAAGGGAGGCCUUCAAUGCAAGCAGCUGUUACAUUCUGAGCUGGGUGAAUACACGAUGGAGAUAGAGGGCAUCUGGGAGCCUACACAAUGAACUGUGAAUCACCCCCUUCAGCCGUAUCAUUGAAGGCGACUUUGGAGGCAGAAGUUAGUCAACAGGCAGAAGCUGCCUAGCACUCCUACUGUCUCCUGGCAUUGUUCUGCAAUGUGGAAAGGUACAACUUUCAUCUCCUAGAAGGAGAAGUCUGAAUUAAAAUAUGCUGCUUGCAUCAUUUAUGCACAUAGCUGUGGACCAUGCCUAUUCAAAUUUGUCUCAUGAUUGUGAGGAAAAAUGUAUGAAUGUAAGUUGUUUCUUCAUGAACUUACAAAAAACACGUAACACAAACUAGCUUACAAUAUUAAACUUUCUUGUACAUUCAUGCUGGGACUAAACAUUUCUGGAUUUUGUUGUGUACAAGAUACCAUCCUCAUUUUAAAUGGCUCCCAACCUCUUUCAUUUCUUGAUUUCUGUUUUUUGCUUGUUGGCCCCAGUAUGGUUAUUUCUUUACAUUUAUACAGUUUUCUUGCUUUACUGGAGUUCACAGCUCUUUCUCAACAUGCUUCUUCCUUGGCUCGGCGUUCAAUGUAUUCUCGGUAACGGGUUGAUU